AUGACAUGCACAAAUAUCAGCAACAUGGUUGAGAACUCCACCAGCGAGCAGCAUGAGCAGCAGGCUGUCGAAAUGCAGAAGAGCAACUGCAACCUAAAAUCAUCUCCCUUCCAGACAGUUGUUGUGCCACUCCAGGAGAUCACCUUGCUCGGUGAGGCCACCGCGACGGAAGAUGUGGAAGCUGGGGCAGAGCAUCAUGCGAAGACCACGCCUGACAAGUCUCCGGCAGCAGGCGAGAGCAGCACGAGCAUGAGGGGUAGUGAAUCCAACUCUAGUGACGCAGUAUGUCGAUGUGGUACCGUUGAUCCUCAUCACAAAUCUCGGCCCAAUACGCUGUGGUCGAAUGCAGAGGCACUCGCGAGGCUGGAGAAUCAUGACGGGCAGAGCAGAAAGACGGAAAUUAAGUCCAUCGACAAACAGAAGUGGAAGGCUUUCCGCAAACGCAUGAAACACCUCAAAGAGGAUAUUAAGGCUAUCGAUAAGCGGAAGUUGAAGGCUUUCCACAAGCACAUAGAGCAGCUCAAGAAAGAGUCAAAGAGGAAGUAG